GUAUCACAACAAUAACGGCAUACUUCAUUUGCAUUCUAUGCUAUGUGAGAGAAUCCUUACUGCUAGUGGGUUUUUUUUUUUUAAAGAGAAGUGCCCCAUUCAGAAAAGACUCUGUUUCUGCUGUUUCCCCGCCGGACUGUUUUUGUUGUGACGCCGAGUUCCGGCAGGUCGGUGAGGAAGUCAACAUGUCGAGCUCGUAUAGGAGCAGGAUUCAGGAGUUCAGAGCUGUUCUGAGCGGAGAGAAGAUCGACCUGGAUGCGCUUCGCGAGCUGUGUUUUGGUGGGAUCCCAUUUGAAGGGGGCAUUCAAUCACUUUGCUGGAAGAUCCUGUUAAAUUAUCUCCCCCUGGAGCAGAAGCUAUGGGACUCCUUCCUGAAGAAGCAGAGGGAAUUAUACACUCAGUUUCUGAAGGAGAUGAUCAUUCAACCUGGAAUUGCGAAAGCAAACCUAGGACUGUCCAGAGAAGACGUCACACUAGAAGAUCAUCCACUGAACCCAAACCCAGAGAGUCGCUGGAACAACUACUUCAAGGAUAACGAGGUGCUCCUGCAGAUUGACAAAGACGUGAGACGGCUCUAUCCAGACAUGGCGUUUUUCCAGCGGCCCACCGACUACCCCUGCCUGCUCAUCCUCGACCCCCAGAACGAGUACGAGACCCUGCGGCGGCGGGUGGAGCAGACCACCCUGAAGGCCCAGACAGUGGCCAAGAACCGGAGUGGCGUGACCAACGUGAGCUCCCCAGGGAAGUCGCAGAACCUUUACCCCUCUAAUGAAUAUGAGGUGCUGCCCAAUGGCUGUGAGGCCCACUGGGAGGUGGUGGAGCGCAUCCUCUUCAUCUACGCUAAGCUGAACCCCGGUAUCGCCUAUGUUCAAGGCAUGAACGAGAUUGUCGGGCCCAUCUACUACACCUUCGCCACCGACCCCAACAGCGAAUGGAAAGAGCACGCAGAGGCUGACACCUUCUUCUGUUUCACCAACCUGAUGUCCGAGAACCGAGACAACUUCAUCAAGAGCCUGGACGACUCUCAGUGCGGGAUCUCCUACAAAAUGGAGAGCGUCUACUCCACGCUCAAGGAGAAGGACAUGGAGCUAUACCUCAAGCUUCAAGAGCAGAACAUCAGGCCGCAGUACUUCACCUUCCGCUGGCUGACCCUGCUGCUCUCCCAGGAGUUCCUGCUGCCCGACGUCAUCCGCAUCUGGGACACCCUCUUCUCCGACAAGGACCGCUUCGGCUUCCUCACCCUGGUCUGCUGCGCCAUGCUCAUUCUCAUCCGGGACCAGCUGCUAACGGGAGACUUUACAGUGAACAUGAGGUUGCUGCAGGACUACCCCAUCUCCGACGUCCACACCAUUUUGAAGAAGGCCAAGGAGCUGCAGGACGGGGCAUAGCCAAGGCCUCCUACAUUCCCCUGGCCCCUGGGGGUCCACAGGGGGCCCCUGGGGCCCCGCGAUCAGGUGACAACACUCGAGGAGGGCAGCUCUGCGCUGCUGUGCAUUGUGGGGACCCCCUCCCAGGCCCGCUCGCACCUCUGCCCCUCCCUCACACCGAGAUGCUAUUCCUUUCACACUCUUUAUUUUGCACUGAGGACUUGAAACCAAAAAAAAAAAACCACACAGAAAAGUCAGAAGUAACAGCUGGACACAAUACGUCUGAGAACACUUCCAGGCGGGUAUUUUCUAAUGGUUAACAGGGUUAAUCUGUGCUGUUCUUUUACCAGGGCUGAGGUUUUAACAUCUAAAUGUUGUUAUUUUUUUAGCGUUAAUAAAGUCAUUCGUGUAUUGUUUUUAAAAUAUUUUUGCAAAAUUGAUAAGGCGUUCCAGCUGGCAAGGUGUAGACAGCUAGCAAUAAAGCCUUACACCCAGGUGGUUAUCAUGGCCUGUUUGUGCCCUGCCUGUGCUGCAGGAGGAAUGAAAUCCCCCUUUAGUCUCGGGCUCCUCUGUGUUAUCAGAAGACCUGGAGUCAGCACUCACACUUUGCAGUGUGCCACAAGUAAUGCCACUUACGGUCUUUAUAGAUCUGAACCCUGCCUGUUCUGUGUACUCAGUUGUGUUUUUAUUUUUUGUCUGUCUUAGUUAUGUAGUGCACGUGUGUGAGAGUUUGUUCAUUUGUCUUCGUUUCUGAGCUCAGCCUUGAGGCUUUUGUCUGUGUGUCUUUGCUCCUCCUGGCAGAGCUGAGACCCGGACUCCUGUGUGGAGAUAGUCUUCAGUCCUGCAGGACAGGCUGAGAUGUUUUGCAGAGGCGUAGAGUUCCCCUAGCCCUUGUAGGUGGCCUUACUAAGUUACUGAGCUCCCCCUAGUGGUGGAGAGAGAGAGAGAGAGAGACAGAGCGUUUUAAUAUUUAAAAAAACAGCUGCAGUCAGAGCUGAAUGGUCUGCAUACAGUUUGCUGUGUUUCUCCCACAGACAUAUCUGCGAGACAUUUUUCACAAAGCUUUGGCAACUGAGGUCUUGCUCCUAGAUGCCAAAGCUUUAUGAUUACACUGUUGAAGAAUGUAACUGCCCACCUAAACAACUGCUUUUUUUAGGUGUUCAGAAGCUGCAGCCUUAGUUACGGAUUCAAUACAUUGCAGUAAUUCAUGAAAUUCAGGGAAAUUAAAGGCUUCUUCUUUGUCUUAUAAACAUUCAUUUGCUCACAGCUAACCGAGCAGUCUCUUUCCUGAAUAAAAGUAGCCAUUCAGCUUCUGCAUUGCAUUGUAUCUAGAAACAAUGAAAGCUUUUGUCCUUCAAGGACUAACAGUAUAUGACACUAGUUGCAGGGGCUGAAACAUUUGCAUUUGCAAUGCUUUUGAGGCCAGUAUGUUUUAAUACACUUGCAGCCAAAGUAGUCAUAGUUUCCAAAACCAGUUACAUGUGAUUCUGUACUUUAGUAAAGGAAACAUGUUAAAAAUGACUUUUUACCCUCUGCCUCUCCUAACGGAGUUCUUUGAUCUUGCAUAUACCUGGUGACUUUUUUGUUGUUGCAUUUGCGGACGUUUGUAUCUUCCAUGUAUCACUAACAAAGUGAUCUGGCAAAAAAUUGUUUUCGAACAAGGCUGCUGAAAGAGCAGCACCAGGAAGUGUACAAGGGACACAAAUCAGUGUUGGGCUUCACGUACGAAAGUGUCGCACUGAUUUUCAUCUCCUCCGUCUGUUAAAAAGAUUUAGAGAAAAAGUUAAAAUACUGUUUAACGUAACAGACGUAGUGGUGGGGAGUCUACACAGAAUCCUGCGAACGUGAUUUAAGAUAUCUGGUAAGGGAGGAAUUUAAUUGAGGAAUGUACACUCCUGCUAUCUAGGGGGAUGAAAUCGGACUUCAGCUGCUGCUUUGCCACUCCAUUGGUCUGAAAGAGAUGUCAUAGCUGUGAACUUGUCAUGCAUGUGUUUCUCCUGGAGAUCUGAGAAAGUGUCGUCUUUUGUAGGUUUUGAGGCUUUGGGUGAAUUGGUAGACGUCAGUAAGGUUGCACAAAAUAAAACUGCAUUGAGUCGAUAAAUUGCUUAUGUGUUAGUUAGUUUAGUAGACAGUGAGAGGAAAGAAAAAACAAGGUAUAUUAUUUUACUGUACUAGUGUUAUCGUCAUUGUCACCAUCAUCCUCUUCAUCAUUGUUAUUAUUUCUACUACUACUCUGAUUUUUAAAACGGCGUGCUACUGUGAUUUGUUUAUCUGACCUAAAGUUUGGUAUGGGAGUUUGGUGGUUCAGCAUAUAAUUGGAAAACUAUUUUCCUUGUUCUAAACCUCCUGGUUUCUCAUGGGUUUAUUUUUUGAUAAAUUAACACGGUCCAGUUAUCACAGCUGGUCAGGACUGACCUGCCUUAACAAAAUACAGUCACAAUGUGACCAGACAAAGCAAUUGAGAAAUUCCAGCUUGUGCAGCUGUCCUGGCGACGUGUCAGAAUAUUUAUUUGGUAUUUCAAAGAUAGCAAAGUCACCAGAGAGGUGGAAGCCUUAGUUAUCACUUGUGUGUUACUUUGGUCGGCCACUGCAUGCAGUUUGAGAACAAUCUAAAAUGCUCAUGUUAUACAGCUGUUUUUCAAUAAUCCGCAAUUCACACCUUGUGCAGCUUCUUGUCCACAAUCUGAAAUCCUCAUGUUGUACAGGUAUUUUUUUGACAAAUCUGAAAUCUACACCUUGUACAGCGUUCGGAGCUCAAAUCCCAUAACAGGAGUCAGAUUGAGAAGUCGGCCUUUUUAGUUUUUUCAUUGCAACGUAGAAUGCCUUCUUGUUUAUCACCCCUGCUGAGGCAGUUCACUGAUGUCAGUCUCCUGCCAGGCCAGUCCAGACCAGUCCAGGCCAGGCCAGACCAGCAGCUCCAUUCAGCAGUUGUUGUUUCCUGUGGUCUGUAGUCACUCUGCUCCAGGACACACCUCCGCCACUGUGUGGUAGUGUUUGACGUUUCUUCGUCCUUGUGUGUCCUACUCCGGAGAUGUCUGAAUUUUCUGAGGGCAAAUCAGGCUCAAGUAAGGAUCUUACCAUUCAGCUGUGGUUGUGGUACUACACAUUUUGACAGGUUUAAGCUAGAUGUUAAACCUAGUUAUCAGCCUUUAAAUUGUUUAAGUCGAAUGGAUCAGUUUUCAAAAACCUGCGCUAAAGUGUAAGAGACUUCAAUCCACUACAGACGAUCAGUUAUACAUCGAAGCGAAACGCACAAGCUUUGAUUACAUUGUUCCCUAACAAUUGUCUUAUAAUUGCGAUGAUUUUAUUCAGUAAUUAGUGAACCCAUCUGCAACUGUACUACAAAGCGGUGAAGAUUGUGCCUUGUAAAUCAUUAAUGCAGUCAGGGCAUAAGAAUGCUUUCUUAAGCUAUAAUCAGCCAGAACCAGAACUGUCUUAUUUUUUUGGAUGCAUGUCUUUGUAUUACAUAUUUGUUAUUAUAGCUUCUUUAGAUAAUUCGUCAUAAGUGUAAUCCC